AUGGAACCGAUCUACGAGGAAGAACACUCCAACCCCUUUGAGCUCGAGCGGCCUGACUACCUGGACAGCCCAGCCAAGGUCCAGCCUGACACGUCCCCUCUGGUCUCGCCGGACUUCCACCGGAUGAGCGAAAAUGCCCAGCGGAUUUAUCUCAUGAUGGGUAAAGACUCCAACCUGUCCCCCACGGGCUCCUCGGGCAAUAUGACUUCCAGUGACUCUCGCUCGAGUGGUGAGCGACGCCGCUCUGUCGACUGCUGGCCCUUCCCGAUGGACGGUGUCCACAAGGAACUCCUCCCGCAGGAGUUGAGCAUCCCGAUCAGGGACGGACAUCAGCGUCACCCGGCUCUUGAGGAGAAUGACCCGGAUUCUCCUACUCGUGUUCUGGAGAUCAUCAAUGAGGUUAACGCGGCGGACAAGGUGGACAAGAUUACAGGCGUGCUGCGUGUUCCCGAAACUACUCACAAGAAAUUGUUCGGGGAGAAGGGCUGGCUGGAAGACACUAGAAAGCCAAAGGGUCUGCGUCCCAUGAAGAGUACAUCCAAGCGGUUGAAGAGUCUGGGAAACAAGAUCAAGCAGCAGAUCGGCGAACUGGCGGAGGAUGUCUCGCGCAGCCACCCGGGAUCUUUCAAUAGCAUCUCCACUUCCGACAAGACCGGCAUCCGAAAGGCCACCGUUCCCAUCUCUCUCGACCUCGGCACCCAGGCCAAGCUGUACUCCGAGCUCGAGUACAUGAUCUGCGCGACGGCCAACGCCUUCCUUCUCGAGCAGUACUACGACCGCCGCAUCUCCAAGGAAUCCAUCAAACGCAUCCAGAGCUUCUGGGGCUCCAAGAAUCGUCCCCAGGUGACCGAGUUCCACUUCGACCAAACCACCCAGCGCGAGCUCAUCCUGUACAACAUCCGCACCCUUCGGUUCCACGGCGAGUGCGCUGUCAACCCGGUCCUGCUACAUUCGAACCUGCGCAACUGGAAGGCGAUUGCCACGGAGAUGAGUGUUCGGACUUUUUGUUUACCGGACAGUGCCAUUCGCAAGCACCUGCAUGAUAUCCAGAAGCUGCUUGAGAUGCUGAAUGCGACCGUGCCGACUCUGCAAGCAUUUCAUCAGGUUCAGCUGUUUGCUCAGGAGGAGAUCAUUCAGCGACUGAAGAAGGCUCAUCCCCGGCAUGCGGUCAGCUUUUCGCUGUGA